ACUUUGCAUUGAUAACGUCGCCCGCAUCGACUUUGACCUUGCACAAGAUGUCCGCUCAGCAGUCUCAAGGCAUUCAGACGCUUUUGGAGGCGGAAAAGGAGGCUGCCAAGAUCGUUGCAAAGGCGCGGACUUGUGAGUAGCUGGUGGGCAGCCCCACUUGAUGGAGAGAGCACCAAUGGUAUGCGCAUAUACUAGUCAGGGAUGCGUCAAGAGGAGCGGCGUUGUGUAGCUGUCCUCAAUCGACAGGAUGUGGUUCUGCCAUCGGAGCUCUGAUCUUAUUUGCGGCACAUCAUCGCUCUGCUGAAAUGGGACUCGGCAUCAUCCCUUCAGAUCGCACACAAAAAAUCAAGGAUGCUCGUAGUGAGGCUGCCAAGGAGAUUGAGGAGCUCAAAGCUACCAAGGAAGCAGAAUUUAAAAAGACUCAGAAGGAGCACGAAGGCUCUUCCGGCUCGAACCAAGCCAAGGUAGACGCAGCCACCGCAGACCAGCUGAAGCAGCUCGAGGAGGCUUUCAAGAAGAAUCGCUCGGGUGUCGUUGACAAGCUGCUGGAGAGGGUUGUGGAGGUCGACCCUCAACCUCACCGUAACCUCAAGACCAGUUCAUGAUGCUUUCGAUUGUGCAGACCCGGACCCAUCGCCACACCGACGAUUUUGUGCCGCGAUGGCCGCGCAUCACUUGUAAUCGCAGGACGUUCCACCAAUCGCAUCCCGCUGCAUUCU